AUGGCUGCUAUUCGGCGUCCUGCAUCCAUCUUGGCGGCGUUCCUCGUCCUGGCUUCGACUUCGACCUGCGACACCGCCGAAGAUGAGCUGGCUCUACAGGCCCGGUUGACUUCCUGCGAGCUGAUCAGAUACUUCCACUAUCCCUGCGAAAUCAGUUACGCCACUACGAACGACGGUUACGUCCUGGAAGUGAACAGGGUGCCGCGUGGGCGCCAGGGCAACGCAGCAGCUGAGCAGGAGCAGAACGGGACCCGUCGCCACCCCGUGCUGUUUGUGCCGCCGCUCCUUAGCGGCUCGGACGUAUGGUUUCUAAACUACCCUUCGCAGGCCGCAGGCUUCCUGUUCGCCGACGCUGGCUUCGACGUAUGGUCGAUGAACUUCAGGGAUUCUGGACGGUACUCUAACCACACGACCCUGUCCAAGAACGACCCUGAAUACUGGAAGCUCAGUUUCGACGAGAUCGGACGCUACGACGCUGCUGCCGGAGUCGACCACGUGCUCAACGCUACCGGUGCGGAGAGGCUGACACUCCUCGCUUUGUCGCAGGGUGUCACCAGUGUUCUGGUUUUGCUGUCCACGCGGCCGGAGUACAACGACAAGGUGACCAUGCGUGAGAUGGCUGGCUACCUGGGGGCGUCUGAGGGCCUCUCAGUUCUUCUUGCGCAAUUGUGUGAGAUAUUGAGUGGCGAAGCGUGCUCAUUGGCCAUCACUAUAACGCUCUUCAGCAGCUCUUAUCAACUGAACGAGGUGUACAAGGCCAAAGACUUUGUCAUGUACAAUCAUGGCGUCAAGGAGAACUGCGAGCGGUACAAUCAGACGAAACCGCUGGCCUAUCCGUUGCACCGCAUCACAACUCCAUGGGCGAUCUUCUCGUCAGAGGGCGACCAGGUCGCCGACUCACGUGACACCGAAGAACUGGUUGCCAGACUCGGAUCGAGGGUUAUCCUGCAUCGGGUGCUUCCACAGAAAACCUUUGGUCACGUAGACUUUGCAAUUGGAUACAAGUGCACCGACUUUUUGCACAAUGUCGCCAUCGACGUUGUGAAGCAGCAGAUCGGUCUGAGUGAAUGA